AUGACAACUAAAUUAAACGAAAAGAAAGCAACACCCAUGCCUCCAGAAAUAGAAGCACUAAGAUUAGCUGCUCUUUCGACGAGAAAUCCCAGGAAGGAGAAGUCAAAAGUCGAUGAGAGCUCGACUCAAUACGAUUUUCCUGUUGCAAAUGUAUCUAGCAAUACAAAUUCUCCUAUCAUGCAACCAGCAUCUGUGAAUCAAGUUACUGCUGAGGACGUUAUUAUUGAAGACGGCAACAUUUCUGAAAGAGAGGAAGGCGAAUUAAGUGAUUCAGAUUCAAUAAACGGUUACAAUGAACCUACUAAGGAAAACGGGUUUCAACAUAAAAGUAAGGAAACCACUGUAUUAAUGGCUAACACCACAGAUCAACAACAAUCCUAUCAACAGCCUUGUCUAGAUUCAAAAUAUGCUGAAGAAGAAUUAACGAGAAAAUUAUUAGCUGACUUAUACCGGUUGUCUGCUACGCCCGAUGAUAUAAUUGAAGAGGGAAUUCCUGUGGAUGUUGUUAUCAGGUUUUCUCGUGAGAUAAAUUAUCCGUUGCCACCACAUCUUGCCGUAUUUAGUAUCCCUGUCCGUAAACCAGCAACACCCGCAGAUGUACCUGCUCAUGACCAACCUGUCGAAUCUAUGAUUCCAGGAUUUUCUUCGGUACAAUAUACAACACCGCAACCAUCAUUAGUUACCUCUUCAUCACCUAAAGAAGCCUAUGCUUCAAAAGUAUCAUUAAGUUCAAACAUUAAUAAUGUUAAUUCGACUCAACGUCCAAUUUCUUCACCGAGGCCUCAAAGUGGUUCAAUUGUUUCUAAUAAUCAAAAACCAUUUUUAGCCACUCGUGAGACAAAUUAUGUCAUCGAUUUAAGUGAUGAAUCUGACAAUGAACGCAUUACUGGAUUAAUUAAACAAGUUAAAUCAUCUUUUAAAAAGGAUAUUGGUGAAGAUUCUAAAUUAGAAACUGAAGAUGAAAAGAAAGCACAAUCAGAUGCAAAAAAAAAGUUGGAGGAAAAGGAACGUGAGAUUAAGCGCAUGAAUGAAUUAAUUGCAAGUAAAAUGGAAAGUUUAAAGAAAAGAGUUACUUCUUCACAUGAUCAAGUUGGCCCGAGCUCUGGCGCUACAGCACUACAAGAUAAAGUUGUUUCAAACCCUAGUUCUACAAAUACUAAAGUGCAAGCGGGUCCUGGUCCAGGUAUUGCACCACAUCCAGACAUUGCAACAAUUCGAGCAGAAUUAGAAGUAUUUGAGGCUGCCAAAGCCACUCUAAAUGAAAUACGGUCUAAGGUUGAAGCUGAGGAGAGAGAACUCUCCAACAUUCGAUCUCAUAUUAAAGACCAGGAACGGCUCGAAAACGAUUAUGAAAAAAUGCAACUUGAUUUUAAUGCACAACGUGAAGAGUUACUAAAAAGUCGGAAUGCGUUGGAUGUUAGGAAGGCGUUGAUCGAAUCUCAACUCGCUGAUAUUAAUCGUCAAAUAGAAGAUAGUAAUUCAUCAAUUACUAGUAAAGAGGCAGAGAUCGAAGAUACUUUAAGCGAAAAGACUAAAUCCAUUACAAGGAAAGCGGAAUUGGCUGGAAGCGAGAAGACAGUGUCUGAAAAUAUAAUACAGCUCAAAAAACAACUUUCAGCUGUUCAUAAGACUAUAGUGGCCAAAAAAGAAUUGCUCUUAAAAUUGACUGGAAAAUCAUCGGUAAAACCUAAAAAUGAAACACAGGCCGGUUCAUCUACGGCCAGUCGUUCAGAGUUAAACUCCACUGGUAAACGCACUGUAUCCCCUGAAGAUCCUACUCUAAGAGCAGUGGCUAAAAAAGCAAAACUAACAUCGAGUGUAUCCGGCAAUGAAGUUGCACAAUUGUCUAAGCGAAUGGAAAAGGUUAGCAAAGAGCAUCAAGAAUUGAUGCAAAGUUUGACCUUGUUAAAUAAGCGUAAGGGGAAAAAGGCCAUUACUUCGUCGACCUCUAAUGCAAACGCAUCUGAGGUUGAUAUUGAAAUGUUAUAUAGUAAUAACGGUUCGUUGUCCGAUUCCGCUAAAAACAAUGUUAAAGAUCCUGAAUCCCUAAAUUUGGAAAAUGCUGAAUUAAUGGAUACUAGCGAUUCUUAUACGAAGAACGCCGAUACUCAGUCACAAGGACAGAGUGAUUCAUCCUUUGUACCCUACGAUAGCAUACUUAAAGAAUUUCGAUCAUAUAGAUUUCAUCCACGUUACAAACAAGAAAUCGGAAAACAUGGCUAUAAAUCAAUUAUAUAUAGUCGUAACUAUAAUGUUGAUCGUAAGAUGUGUGUAUUUGAGUCCCAAAACCGUGGUCGUUGUAAUGAUGAUGAGUGCACAUCACAGCAUUGGCGAGACUUUCAGAUGAGCGACGAAGAAUUGAUUUCUGACAUGGCUUCGUAUUAUGAGGGACGUACUCCCAUUGAACAACAGGAAUAUCGUUCCGGUUUAGAAGCAUUACUUAACAAACUUCGUGCAGAAGGGAAAACUGAUGUUGAUGAAAUUAUUGAUGCUAUGGUUAUUUAUCGGCAGGAGUUUGUUUCUAAUCAUCCAUUUGACAAUUUUGAAGCACCUCGUAUAGUUUUCUUUAAUAAGAAGAAACCGUUAGGUCAAGGAAUUGAUAAUGAAGAAACGUCAUCAGCUUAUGACACUGGUUAUGUAUCUGAAUCUUUGCCCACACCAGAAAUUUCUGGAAACGAGCAAGUUAUGUAUCAAUCAGAUGAAGAAGAUUCAGAGAGUGAUGAAUUAAUUUCUGAUGAACACGAAAGUAUUGAUAGUGAUGAAUCUCAAAAUGGAGGCACAAUACAGGAUGAGCAAAUGUAUGUAGAUGGUGAAUCUUCUUUUUCACCAUUACAUAUUGGAUCACCUUCUUCUCAAGGUGAAGAGACGCCAGAAUCACAAAGCACUCAAACCAAUAAUGAGUCUUCUACUGGAUUUAGUGUUAUGGGUGCCAUCUAUAACUGGUUUAAUAAAUAG